UUACCGGACACUGUACCGGUCGAUCUCCCAAUCUCUCUCGAGUUGAUGCCCACCAUCUCCUGAUCUUACCUGAGAUUUGUUGAGCCGCUCUCCCAUUCCACUGACACCUAUGUCUUUGAAACAGGUGGACACAGGUGGCAAACGAGCACAGCAAAGUCACACCGCUUGGUGAAGAUCCCGUCGGUGGAUUUUCUUAAUUCUGGUCACAGCUGACUUUCAGAGGACUGAAAAAGUUGAACCUUUAUUUGAUUGCUGCGCAAGAGUUGUCUUCUACUGCUAAAGAGCAACCAUGUGGGAGUUCCGGUCCAUGAGUUUUUGGCGGGCGGUUUUUGCAGAGUUCUUCGGGACCAUGUUCUUUGUAUUUUUUGGUCUGGGCGCCGCCCUGCGCUGGACCACCGGGCCUCAUCAGAUUCUACAUGUGGCCUUGUGCUUCGGUUUGGCGGCCGCCACCCUCAUCCAGUCCAUCGGCCACAUCAGCGGCGGUCACAUUAACCCGGCUGUUACCUUCGCCUACCUGGUUGGGGCCCAGCUGUCCCUUUUCCGUGCUUUUUUCUACAUUAUCGCCCAGUGCCUCGGCGCCGUGGCCGGCGCUGCCGUGCUGUACGGGGUCACGCCUGGCAACAUGAGGGGCAACCUGGCAAUGAACACGCUGCAACCUGGCAUCAGUCUGGGAAUGGCCACCACCGUGGAGGUGUUCCUCACCAUGCAGCUUGUGGUGUGCAUCUUCGCUGUGACGGAUGAGAGGAGAAACGGUCGCCUGGGUUCUGCCGCUCUAUCCAUCGGCUUCUCCAUCACCAUUGGACAUCUCAUGGGGAUGUACUACACAGGUGCCGGCAUGAACCCCGCCAGGUCCUUCGCUCCGGCGGUCCUGUUGAGAAACUUUGUCAACCACUGGGUCUACUGGGUGGGACCCAUAAUUGGCGGUGCCAUGGGAGCCCUCCUGUACGAUUUCAUCCUCUUUCCACGUAUGAGGGGUCUCUCCGAGCGCCUGGUCACGUUGAAGGGCAGUCGACCCCCGGAGAGGGAGACCCAGCAGGACACCCGCGGGGAACCCAUCGAGCUCAAGACGCAAGCCUUGUAAACCUGACCCCUCCCCCUGGCACCUGUUGACCCACCUGGGGCUGUCAAAUGAGGGACAGGGCCCCUCCUCCACUGCGCACGAAAGCUAACAACGCGACAGUCUCCCCCUUCCAACUUCAUACUCUGUAUUCAGAAGUGGACUUUGUGUUAGUGAUAAAAGGCAGGCCUGCUUGUCUCCUGUGAUGGAGAAGCGCAUGCAAACUGGGAGGGUGUUGCUGCUGGGGGGUGAGGAGGGGGGGGGCAGUCAGGCUAGGAUCAAAGAUGACAGUGCAGGUGGUGGUGCAGAGCGUGGGUGGGCAAGACUCUGGGUUUGCGCUUCUUUCCAAUUUAGGCCAGUGAAGACAGGCGUGGUUUCCUACAUGCAUUUCACAUAAUCUCCGGUGUAGUUUUUUUUCCCAUCGCUUUUUGUUUUCUGCACUUCAGACACAUGACGGUGAUGUAAGAUUACAUUUGAAUACAAUUUUGCAUUUUACAAAAGGCUACUUUUUAUCUGUGUGUGUGAGAAUUGUUGUGUGUGGGUGGAUGUGAGUGUGUGUGUGUGGCCGCUUGUAUAUGCAGGUGUGCAAGUGUCUUUGCAGCUGUGCAUGCGUGCGUGUGAGCGUGUGUGUGUGUUUGCUUGCUAGCGUGUGAGAGAUGAAGAUUGCCGAUACAGUACCUCUUUUUUUCUCAUUUUCAUUGCAGCUCGACUGAUUUUGUACCAAUCACUAUUCAUUUAUGUAAGCCCUUUUCCAGACAAGACACACAUGGCUUCUGCGCACUGGGAUAUUUGUGAUGGUAUCCAUUUUUACACAAACCCAUCCUUAUGCAUUGCCCCAUCUUAACCAGCACAAAAGGAAAUCUGAGAAUUGGUAGAAUUGGAAAGGUCUGUACACUACAGACCAACAGUGCCAGCUUUACAUUGAGUCUUUUGUUAUUUGAUCCUAACUGGGAUUACAAACGUGUUUCAAUAAACUUCCACUUAUAAUAAAU